AGUGAGAGAAAGUACGUCGUGAGAGGCGGUUGUGCCGGAGAGACGUUCAGUGUCAGAGAGUUAACAGUGAGGUACAGUCGAUGGUUCUUCUUGUGGUACAAUUUUUCCAGACUUUUCCGCAUUGUCUCACUGUAUUGUGUAUCUUUGGGAACUCCAGAGACUCCUUUGAGGAAGUUGUCCUGUGAGCUUCAAAGGUUCCAAAGUGAAAAGUCCUGUUAUCAAGAAGUGUUCUGUGUUUUUAGAUUUUCUGGGGUUCUCCACUAAAGAUUAUCUGAAAAUUCUAACUAAUAUUCAAGUAGGCAGUGCAAGUGGACAGAUUUUGUUGGAAAACUGUGAAAAAUCCAUCGUGAUAAGGCCCAUAAAGAACCAUUUUUUAGACACUUCCUAGCCGUCCAGCCUUGACAUUGGAAGAGUCCAUAUAUCAAGGCUUCUCGUGCGUGAUUUAACAGUGUCCUACAGUGUCCCAUAUUUAAAUUUUUAUCUUAAUGUGUCUUCUUUUGUCUGCUAGCGUGGAUUUUGUGAUAUUUCCGCGAUCAGUGAGCUAAAUCCGCACUGAACUGAGUUCAAGGUGGGUCAUUUUUCGAUGUGUAUUGUGCGAGUGGUCGCCUUGAGGCAAAAUCUACACUGCCCUUGAACUCUGCCAAACGUCCGGCUUACCAGGAGAGUUGUCCCAACAUAGUGUUUUAGUGCGUAGAAAUGAAAAAGAGGGAGUGUUGUAAAGUUCUAGGAUCCCAAAGUGUAAAGUGACAUCAUUGGGACACAAUGCAGAAAGACGAGUGUGAGGUGAAGACUGUUCUUCUCACCGAUUCUAAGGUCAUCCUGUCGCCUCGUGUAGAGUUCCACAGAGUCAAAAUGCCAGAACCCACACCUCCUACCUCAGCCCCUCAAAUUGUCAUAUCGAGGAGUCAACCGGUGGUUGUACGAUCGGACACUCUUCCGCCACCACCUCCUCCUCAUCAGGUUCGUGUUAUUCGCGAUGGACGCCUAUAUGAGGAAUCAAAGGAUCGACGUCCGGUCAUUGCGGAGCCCACAGUUUUUCGGACACCCGUCGUAUCUAGCACCAGUCAACCUAUGCGACCUCCACCACCACCACCACCGCUCAAAGCCAAGACUGCUCCCGAGGAGCCAUCCAGCUCCAUUCCAGACCUAGAAUUUGACGGGACGACAGUUUUAUGUCGAGUUUGUGGUGACAAGGCAUCAGGUUUCCAUUACGGCGUCCACUCUUGCGAGGGUUGCAAGGGCUUCUUUCGGCGAUCGAUCCAGCAGAAGAUCCAGUAUCGGCCAUGCACAAAAAAUCAGCAGUGCAGCAUUCUGCGGAUCAAUCGCAACAGAUGUCAGUAUUGUCGGCUGAAGAAAUGCAUCGCUGUUGGAAUGAGCAGAGAUGCCGUGAGGUUCGGGCGGGUACCGAAGCGCGAGAAGGCGCGUAUCCUCGCGGCGAUGCAACAAAGCACGCAAAAUAGAGGCCAACAGAGGGCGCUGGCUAGUGAGUUAGAUGAUCAACCAAGGCUCCUAGCGGCUGUCCUGCGGGCUCAUAUGGACACGUGCGAGUUCACAAAGGACAAAGUAGCAGCGAUGCGUCAAAGGGCAAGAGAAUGUCCCUCCUACUCUAUGCCAACGCUGGCCUGUCCGCUCAAUCCAGCCCCUGAACUCCAGUCUGAACAGGAGUUCUCCCAGCGCUUCGCUCAUGUCAUUCGUGGUGUCAUUGACUUUGCAGGAAUGAUUCCUGGUUUUCAGUUGCUCACGCAAGAUGACAAAUUUACACUUCUGAAGGCGGGUCUAUUUGAUGCCCUCUUUGUACGUUUGAUCUGUAUGUUCGACAGCUCCAUCAACAGUAUCAUUUGCCUCAAUGGACAGGUGAUGCGUCGUGACGCCAUCCAGAAUGGGGCGAAUGCUCGCUUCCUUGUUGACAGUACAUUCAAUUUUGCUGAGAGAAUGAACUCAAUGCAAUUGACAGAUGCAGAAAUUGGUCUGUUCUGUGCGAUAGUUCUUAUUACACCUGAUAGGCCUGGAUUGAGGAAUGUUGAGCUAAUUGAGAAGAUGUACACGAGAUUGAAGGGUUGUCUGCAAACAGUCAUUUCCCAGAAGCGUCCAGAUCAGCCAGAAUUUAUGGCUGAACUAUUGAAGACACUCCCUGAUCUAAGGACACUGAGUACACUGCAUACUGAGAAGCUUGUGGUGUUCAGAACAGAGCACAAAGAGCUGCUGCGACAGCAGAUGUGGUCAAUGGAGGAGGAGGCUAGCAAAAGUCCCGGUAGUUCGUGGGGUUGCGAUAAUAGUGAAGAUGUAGCCAAGAGCCCUAUGGGUUCAGUGUCCAGUACAGAGUCCGGUGACACAAAUUCAGAAUAUAGCCAGAGUCUAUCAACCACCGCACCCUUGUUAGCGGCAACACUGUCUGGAUGUCCAAUGCGAUAUCGGGCAAAUUCUGGAUCUUCAGAAGAUGAUCUCGUGGGCACUGCCCACCUUCAGCAAAAUGGCCUCACAAUUACACCAGUUGUACGGUCAACGGGGCACAUACGGUACAGGAAACUGGAUAGCCCUACGGACUCUGGCAUUGAGUCUGGGAACGAGAAGGCGGACCAUAAGGCGAGCAGUGGAUCAAGUUGCUCGUCACCCAGAUCGUCAGUUGAAGAUGCGGCUGAUGAGAAGAAAUACAUGCCAGUGGAAGAUAUGCCCGUCCUCAAAAGGGUCCUUCAGGCUCCGCCGCUGUAUGACACAAAUUCGCUGAUGGAUGAGGCUUAUAAGCCGCACAAGAAGUUCCGGGCGAUGCGUCAGAAAGAUGCUGAGGCAUCGGAGGCAGAACCAGUGCAGCAAUCCCAGUUGCAGAUGCAUUUAACGCGACCCGCCCACCAGUCUUCCCUCUCGAGUACGCAUUCCGUGCUGGCCAAGUCGCUGAUGGAGGAACCACGUAUGACGCCAGAGCAGAUGAAGCGCACUGACAUCAUCCACAAUUACAUUAAGCGGGAAUCGGCAGCUGAGGCUGCCUACCGCAGUCCCCACCAUCCGGGCGGUCUGUUGGUAUGCAGUCCGGCCUCAGCACCGUCGGCCUGUCCCUAUCCCGCCUCUAGGUGGCCAGUGAUAACGACAGCGCGACAACAAACGCCAUCACCCAGCGAUCCACAUCACUACUUCCAGUCGCCUCACUCCACGUCCACCUCACCGCCGGGUCCGUCACCCUCAUCUAGCUCCUCGUCCGCCUCACCGCGGCUCAUUGAGCUGCAGGUGGACAUUGCUGAUCCGCAGCAGCCACUCAAUCUCUCCAAGAAAUCACCUACGCCGCCACCAGCCGCUAUGCGUGCACCCCUAAUUGCCCAGGCGGUAAGUGCCCCAGCUCCCGCCGCUCCCGCCCACAAACUCCUCCUCGAGGCAUAAGGCCCCGCCCCCCCGCCACGACACAAAUCCUCUGUGUCGCCAAGAUCUCGUCCUCCAUCAUCCGCCGGCGGACACUAGGCAUAUUUUUCUGUGGACUUGGGUUUCGAACACACUUUCGAAGAUUGGGGUAAGUCGAAAUUUCCCAACAUUGGGGUUAUGUGCAAUAUUUGAGGUUAAAAAAAAAUGAGACACCCUGCCGAAAUUCUAACACAUUUGGUGCUCCAAAAUGCUUCAUCUUCGAAAGUAUAAUUUCGAGAAAAAAAAACACAAACUCAAAUUUGUAAAAGAGAUCAACAAAGUUGCUUUGAGGGAAAAGACGGUUCAAAAUUUGACAUUUGAGAAUGAUAUUUUGAGUCUGAAUAGAAAAAAAAAACAUUCGAAAAAUUGACUUCAAGUCAAUUUUAUGGAAAACAUCGAAACCAAAUAUCGACUUUCAAAGUCACAGAAAUUUCGUUCUUCAUUCUCAAGUCUUUUCGAAGAUAUUUUUCGAAAUUAUUCCAUUGGAAGUGUCUUUCGAAAUUUGACCCAUUCCCCUGAGCUAUAUUUGGCUGAACUCGAAUAUUUGGAAGUGCAUUCGUCAACAUCGAAUGUCGAAAUUAUUGGUCACAUCGAAACUUGAGGGGAAAAUGUGUCUAAUGUGCGAAAAACUGCUCAGCUUCGGCGAGAAGCGUUAUGUACACUGUAAAAAGAAAAUUUGUAAUCACUUCGAGAGAAUUUAGUGGAUUUUUCUCCCAUUUUCCGGGGGAUUAUCACUCCCCACCAAAUGACACUCUCUCUAAGGCCCACAUUCUCUCGAAAACAAAAAUACAAAAAUAAUGAAAAAAAAUGGUGGAGUAUUGAAAACCAAAUAAUUUAUUCGUAUUUGUAUGAUAAGAGUUCUGAGAGUAACAAAAAAAAAACAAGUAAGAGAGAAAUAUUUAAAAGAGAAAAAAAAAACACAAAAAAAUCACUUUUAUCAAUAAAGAACAAUUUCCUUCUCAGAAAUGCCAGAAAUCAAUUAAGUAAAAAAAGAAACAGGAUUUUACGUAAUAAAAAAGAAAUUGUAGAAAGAAUCAGUGUAUUUGAAGAAUGUUUUUCUUCUUUUUUUUUCGAAGAAAGAAAUAAUUGAGAUGCUGAAGACAUUUUGUGGGUUAUACAUUUUUUUUUUCGUAGAGGACUUGUAGUGUGAGAUAAACAAUUAAAUAUAAAAGAAAAAAAAAUUAGAUGGAAGAAUUAAAGAAAACAAAAAAAAAUAUUUAAAUGAAAAAUACAUUAAAAAAUCAACUGUGUAAAUGUGUUUAGAGUGCAUGUUUUCAAUUAUAUCCCAUUGUAGAAAGUUAAGAAAUAAAAGUAUAUUUUAGGAUUUGAAAAGAUUGAGGUUAUGUGAAACCAUCUUGAAUUUUCAGAGUCACUGAAGAUUUGAGGUUAGAUGCGAUAGAAGCAUGAUGAGGUGUUUUAAAAUGAAUAUAUCCAUAUUGCAUUACAAUUAAAAGUGGAAGAAGAAGAAAAAGGAAAGAGAAAAAAAAACAUAAAAAAAUAGUAAUUAUUCUAUAAA